AUGGCGGUGCUGAGCAGAAGGCCGCUCGUCCAUUUGGCGAAGGCAAACGCGAAUGUGAAGGCGAAGCAGAACGCGAAAAGGGGGUGGGCGCACCGGAAUGGCGGUGGGAAGAGGGGGUUCUCGCAGCUGGGGGGGGGAAGCGACCCCCCUGCCAGCAGCUUCCCCCGCGGAGGUGACAAGCGCACCCUCAUGAGCGACUUCCACUACUACAAUGUCUUCCUCCUUGGGGGGAGCGACUUGGUAAAGCUAACAUCGGCAUACACCUUUUGCGAAAAUAAAAAUAUGUACGCGUGCAUACUGCUCCACCUGAGCAGUGUGUAUGGCUCCAUCCCAGUUAGGGACGUCUUGAAAGUGUUAAAAAAUAUUUUUGAGCAGAACAAGGCAUCCUUUUCGCACCACUUGGUAAAGGGGAGGAGAGUUACCGACUUGUAUAAGCAUAUGUGUCACCACCUAGACCAGCUAAACACAGCAGAAGUUAUUGCUUUGCUUAAGUGUGCCUGCUACACGACGCAGGAGUUCCCUGUGGAAUGCAUCCGGCUGCUAAGCAGAGUGAUUCUUGCGAAGCCACUGGGGUGUUUCCACCCCAAACAGAUACACGAGGUCUGCUCCUGCUUAAUAAAAAUGAAAAAUGAAUUCUCCUUGAGGAAGCUCACUUACGACGAUGCACUGCAUGUUAAGAUGCGCGAGCAUGUGCGGGGGAGAAUCGCCGCCAGCGAUGCGCAGGCCUUCUUCGAGUACCUCCCCCUGUACAUUGGCCUCUCCAGGGAGACACCAUUAGGGGGGGCCCCUCCUAAGGGUAGCAUCCCUCCCAGUGGUAGUACUACCCCCCCUAGUGGUGGCCCCCCCCUGGAGCGCAACCUUCGGAAGACGUGCGAGCUAAUCUUCCUCAACCACCUGAACGAGCUCAACCGGGAGUCCCUCCUCUCAGCCGUGGGGAUAUUUAGAUGGCUCGACCUGAGGAGUCACUCCAUUUUUCUGCACUUGUGUGACGCCUUCCUACAGCAUGCGCUCAGCUUGGACACCAAAUACGUGGUGCGUUUUUGGAGGAAGUGCCACAGUUUGAGAUUUGCAAAGGGGGGAAGGAGGGGAGAGCCAGAUGGGGGGAAGCCACCUAUUUUAGACGAAACGGUGGGGAGCACCAAAGGGGGAGUGCCCCCCCUCGGUGAGGAGGAACCCCCCGUAGAUCACCUGGAGACACUUAAAAGGGGUGAAGGCCCAUCGGAGGGGGGACCCCCCUUAAGGGGAACCACCCCCCAGGGGGGAAAAGAGAAAAACGGAAAAGGAGAAGCAAACGAAGAAGGAGAAGACAAAAACGAAGGAGGCGAAAACGAAGAAGGCAGCAACGAAGAAGGCAGCAACGUGCUGCUACGCCUCAUCAACAGCAGAGUCUACCACAUGACGCCCCCCCAGUUGAGCCGAGUCACCUACGGGCUUUACAGUUUCGUGGAAAACAUGAGGCAGUACUCUCAGCUGAGCAGCCUGCGGAACAACAUGAAUCUCCUCUUUUCGAUGGCCGUGCAGUAUGUGGUGAAUUGCCUACACAGGGGGGUUCCCCCAGGAGAUGCCAUCCCCAGGGGUAGUGCUAAUCUGUUACGCCCAUCUGAAGGAGACCACCCGAGCAAUAUUAAUAUGAGCACGGAUGUUCUCUACAUAUCUGCGUCAGGUGUGUAUGUUAGUCGGGGGGACCGCUACGGGGAACAUCCCUCGUCGGGGAGCCUCGCAGGAGAUGAUUUCCUUCCAAAUGGUUGCCCCACCCGUCGAGCCAACCUCACACACUCGUGCGACAUCCUACUGAACAUCAGCUUCCUCAACGUGAGUCAGAACCACCGGAAAAAUAAAGACGUCUACGAGUGCGUAAAGAAAAUUAUAACGCAGAAGGAGGACCCCCCAGUGGAGCUGGACCACCUGCUGUCCCUCCUACUCUGCAUCUCAAACGUGUAUAAUAGGACAAGAGAUAACUACGUUUUUCAUUUUUACAAGCAGAUCCUUCCACUGCUGCAGAUGAAUAAGCUCAAAUUUGAUGCACGCCAUUUUAAUAGACUCUCCAUAGCUAUUACUCCUUUGCUGCAGGAGAAGAACAGCUUAAUCGGCAGCUACGUGCACCUACUUUGCUUCUUCAUCGAGACGGAGGUGGUUCCCUUGCGGUCAUGUGUGUUUACACUUCAGCAUGUUAUGAAGAAGAUCUGUGUGAAGCUGGGCGACUCGCUGGCGACGCUCCUGCUGGUGGUCAUCCGCCGCAUCGAUAGCUUCCUCAGCGAUGUGCGCGCCCACGUAGUGUGCGGCGAGAGCUGCGAUAGUGGUGCUGGCGGCGAUAGUGGCGAUGGCCGCAACUCGCUGAGGCCAUUCCUCCUGCUGCACUCGAUCAACGAAAGCACGCUCACCUGCGUCCUCGUCAGCCUCUCCCUCAUUUUGCAAAGUGCCAAGUACGGCACGGCGGCCAGGGACGAGGCCGCGGUGCUCCUGCGCGCAGUGGUCCCCUACGUGUCUACUGCUUCGCUCGAGAAAAUCCCGCGCAAGUACAUUCACGCGGGGCUGCUGGAGGCCCUCCCCCCCGAUGAUACCCGGGUUAGGCAGGUUCUCCUAAGCAGGGCGUAG